CCCACCCCUUCCCCUCUCCCCUCCCUCCUCCCCCCGAACUUUCCCUCUCGCAUGCUUUUCCCCUGCACCACGGAUCGCCUCUCUGAUGCCGCUCGCCUGGAAGCUGCGUUAGAAGCCAGCGGCGGCGGCGGCGGCGGCGGCGGCGGCAGCUCGGGAGUGCUAUGACCGGCAAACUCGCCGAGAAGCUGCCGGUGACCAUGAGCAGUUUGCUAAACCAACUGCCUGACAAUCUGUACCCCGAGGAGAUCCCCAGCGCGCUCAACCUCUUCUCCGGCAGCAGCGAUUCGGUGGCCCAUUACAAUCAGAUGGCUACAGAGAAUGUGAUGGACAUCGGUCUGACCAACGAGAAGCCCAACCCGGAACUCUCUUAUUCCGGCUCCUUCCAGCCAGCCCCCGGCAACAAGACUGUGACCUACUUGGGAAAGUUCGCCUUCGAUUCCCCUUCCAACUGGUGCCAGGACAACAUCAUUAGCCUCAUGAGCGCUGGCAUCUUGGGGGUGCCCCCGGCCUCAGGGGCACUCAGCACACAGACCUCUACGGCCAGCAUGGUGCAGCCGCCGCAGGGCGACGUGGAGGCCAUGUAUCCUGCGCUGCCCCCCUAUUCUAACUGCAGUGAUCUCUACUCGGAGCCUGUGUCUUUCCACGACCCCCAGGGCAACCCCGGGCUCGCCUAUUCCCCCCAGGAUUACCAAUCGGCCAAACCGGCCUUGGACAGCAAUCUCUUCCCCAUGAUUCCUGACUACAACUUAUACCACCACCCCAGCGACAUGGGCUCCAUUCCGGAGCAUAAGCCCUUCCAGGGCAUGGACCCCAUCCGGGUCAACCCACCCCCUAUUACGCCCCUGGAGACCAUCAAGGCAUUCAAAGACAAGCAGAUCCACCCAGGCUUCAGUAGCCUGCCCCAGCCGCCGCUCACGCUAAAGCCCAUCCGGCCCCGCAAGUACCCCAACCGACCCAGCAAGACCCCGCUCCAUGAGCGGCCCCACGCGUGCCCAGCGGAAGGCUGCGACCGCCGUUUCAGCCGUUCGGACGAGCUGACCCGGCAUCUGCGCAUCCACACGGGCCACAAGCCCUUCCAGUGUCGGAUCUGCAUGCGGAGCUUCAGCCGUAGCGACCACCUUACCACUCAUAUCCGCACGCAUACGGGCGAGAAGCCCUUUGCCUGCGAGUUCUGCGGGCGCAAGUUUGCGCGCAGCGACGAGCGCAAGCGCCAUGCCAAGAUCCACCUCAAGCAAAAGGAGAAGAAAGCGGAGAAGGGGAGUGCGCCUUCUGCGUCCUCAGCGCCCCCCGUGUCCCUGGCCCCCGUGGUCACUACCUGUGCCUGAGGCUCUGACCCCAGAUCCCCACGUUUCCCCUCCAGUGUCUCCCUGCUGCUUAGCCUGAAAGCAGCGGGAAAGCUAGCCACGGAGGCGCAGGGGCCGCACCCUGGUCUCUCCAUGGACGUAAGGUCCCUUAUUCCCCUUCGAUGCCCCCUGUUUCCACCCUUUCACACCGGCCAACGGCCGGGGGCCAGGGCAGAAGGCGCCUUCCCCUCGCUGCCCCCCACAUCCCUUUAGCCAAGGCGUGGGGGCGGAAAAGGUGGCGUCUAGCCCGCUUUGUUCAGUUCGGAUCGUCUUGAUCCAGGGGCCUCUGGGCAGCGCCAAGGACCUGCGGGGGACUGAAGGCAGGGCCAGCCCAAGCUUUGCCCGAUCCAAGCACCUCACGGGUCCCCCCUACGCCUCCCUCUGUUCCCCGUCCAAGACCCGAAAAGGGGAGAGGGUAAGGAGCGCACCAAAGCGCAAAGCUUGCUGCCCGCUGCACGCACGCGCGCCUGCGUGCGGGGUUGCGCGCGAGUGUGCGUGCUCGCGUGAGUGUGUGUGUGUGUGUGUGUGUGUGUGUGUGUGUGUGCGCGCGCGCGCGCGCGGGCACACGCGUGUGUCUGAGACUCUUGAGCUGGGCUGUGUCCACCCCAAACUCCCCCACAUCGGGUCCCCAGGCCGCUGGGGGACUGUCCCAGGCUGGGGGCCUGCACGUGGCCAGACGAGACGGGUCUUCCAUCUGCUCGGAAAUAAUGUUUCUUACAGAAAUGCUUCGGAUGCCACUGCGGCGGUGCAGAUACCGCCGCUUAGGGUUUAGCCCCUCAGAACCCCUCCCUUUCCGAGAGCUUCCCUUUUAGGCCUCAGGGCAGUUUGAUUUGCGGGGAGGAGGAGCAGCGAUCACUGAACUUGCCUUUUAAAAAAUAUAUUUCCCACUUUUUAAAAUCUAUGUCCUGAGUUUGCCCUUUACCCUACCCCUACCCCGCUCUCCUCCCUUCUCCCUUCUAAGCCUUCUCCCAUCUCUUUCAAAAUCUUUUCCCAGAAAGGCAGGCCUCAACCAGCCACCCCAUUUCACCAUCUUUUUGUUUUCUUUCACUCUCAUACCCAUUUCUCCUUCCCACCAUUGGUGGAAAAGCAGGCUCUUUUGUUGCCUUUGGUCAUUAACACACCAUCUAUGUAUAUGGUGUGUGUGUAUGUGUGUGUAUGUGUAUACACACAUACCUAUACAUAUAUAUAUAUGUGUAUAUAUAUAUUACAUGCAAUAUGUAUCCCUAGCAAAGUAGAAUCUAAGGUACUUGGCCAUCCAGUGCAGUGCACAGGAAUAAAGAGAAUUUGGUUAGCAUAUACAGCUUUAAAUGGUUUAUUUUUAUGAAAAUUUGAACUGAUGAGAUUACCUACAUAUGUGUGCAUGUAUGUGAGUAUAUAUAUGUAUGUAUAUGUAUAUAUGUAUGUAUAUAUGCAUACAUACACAAAUACACAUCCCUGUCCAAAUUUUCCUCAAAGAUGUGGGGAUUUUUUUUUGCUUUUAUCCAUAUUAAUGAAUGAGGCAUCUUCUCCAUUCCCCAGUCUAACCCGCCCUACCUCACCUCUUCUCAGGCACCCCCUCCUCCCCAGCCCUUCUCCACACAGGGGUGACUCUUGAAAUGGAGUAGUAGAGAACGUUCUCUCUGACACAGCUUCCAGCACAGUCCUGACUGAAUGUAUUGCUUUCCUAUUCGAGUAAUUUCUCCUGUGGUCAGUAAGCUGCCCAGAGAGAAGGAACAAAGGUCUGGAGUUUACAGAAUGUCUGUUUUUAAAGUCACUUUAUGCGUUUCCCACUUUUUUUUUUUAUGAGAAAAAAAGCACUGUUUUUUGUUUUUGUUUUUGUUUCUUUGGUGGUGGAUAAAGAAUACUAAAAGGAGUCUAGUGAAAGGGGGUAAAAAUCAAAGCGCAGGGGGAUUGUGGAUUUCCAGGUACUUGGACUUUUGUAGAAGGAAAGAGAAGAGGAUGAAGUUUGCGAGGAAGGCCCGUAUUUUUUCAGCUGAAGGGUAAAAUCUUUCUUUGCAGAGACAGUAUUUUGCUGAAUACUUUUUAUAAUGUGAUGAUUAUUAAAAACAAAAAUUUUGGUCACUUCAAAGCUGGAAGGAGGAAUCAGAUAUCCUUUAAUAUUUUUUCUUGCUCCUUCUGGCUUAUGCAUGUCACUGCAUGAUAACUCUGAGUUUUCCUUUGUUUUAAUAAAACUGUUCUCAGACAUUUAAGCUAAACUAAGAGAAAAAUAACUUUGUUGCCAAAAGGUGGUGUUAUCCAGAUUUUUUUAAUAUGUCUGCAUGUUUGAAAAAAAAAAAAGAAAAGAAAAUGCACUCUAACUUAUGUGAACUGAGAGAAAAAAAAUCAGGUUUUAAACAGGAAAACCUAUGGGGAAUGAUAUUUUUUGAAAGACUUUUGUAUAAAGUUGAGUACUCAGAAAAAGACAAACCAGAUGUAAUAUAUUUUGUGGAUGUUUUUAUUUCUUGGAUUUAUAGUACCUUAUACUAAGGUUAAAAAAAUAUGCUUGAUAUUGUGAAAAGGUGAGAUUCUUCACCAACAUUUCAUCUGCUCCUUUGUCACAUUGUUAUGCCAAUAUAAUACAGUUAAUGAAAACAGCAUUUUUAAAAACCGAAAUAUUGAAAUGGUGUAAUGUUGUACCAUUUGCACUGUGAGCAAAUGCUAAUACAGUAAAUAUAUUGUGUUUGCUGACAAUCA